AACAGAUAUGAUACUGCAAUAAAGAGCACCAUUUUGGUCCUUCUUCUAUGACACUGAGUGAACGUUUCGCUAAAUACCUUAAAAGAGCAAAAGAUCAGGAAUCUUCGAAGAGCAAAAAGAGUCCAGAAAUUCACAGGAGAAUCGAUAUUUCUCCGAGUGCUUUUAGAAAACAUGGAUUUUUGCAUGAAGAAGCUAAGCACUCUAAGGAAACAGGUCUCAAGGGAGACGGCAAAUACAGAGAUGAGCCAUCAGAUCUACGGCAAGAUAUUGAACGUCGCAAAAAACACAAGGACAAAGACUCAAAGCGUGAUCACUCCAGAGACUCAGGAGAUUCUAGAGAUUCAAGCCGCUCCAGAGAUAGGUCCUCUGAGAAAACUGAAAAGUCCAGGAAAUCAUCUAAAAAGCAUAAGAAGCACAGGAAAGUGCGUGAGCGUUCUCGCUCUUCCUCCUCCUCCUCCCACUCCUCCCAUUCUUUGCGAGCACCUGGAAUGAAGAGUACCCUGCAGAGAGUGAGGAAAAAGAAGACGGUGCUGGAGGCUUUGACAAAUCACGCAUGGCUAACAAAGACUUUCAAGGAAACAGUGAAAGGGGACGAGCCCGGGGAACCUUACAAUUCCGAGCAAGGGGAACAAGGCCAUGGGGGCAGAGGUGCUUUUCCCGGGAACAACCAAUAACAACAAUAAUGACUUCCAGAAACGCAAC